AUUGCCAAAAAUGACAACUCCUCUAUGAAACAAAAAAUCAACGAUUAUCUCACUGAUGUAGCUCAAAGAAUUCACCAACUGAACACCAUCUAUAAUGUUACCAAAAAUAGAUGGCAUGCUUUUCUUAUCUAUUUUGGAUAUUCUGUUAAUGAGAUCCCAGAUCAGAAUCCAAAUGAUGUGUUCAAGAUGGUGACUGAGUUUGCGUUAGAGUAUCGCACUACUCGUGAAAAAAUCCUGCAACAAAGAAAGCGAAUGGCUGAGAAACGUGAAAGAAACAAAACCAGAGGAAAGAUUUGGGCGCUUGAGCAACAGCAGGACAAUAGCGAAUCAAGUAGACGGCGCCGUCCUCCAAAUGCACAAAAUUCUUUGCAGCGACACGAAGAAAUGUCUCGUAUGCUAACAGGAUUACCGGAUAGUGGUGAUGGAACUCUACGAAGACGUGCUCGUGCUGUUGCUGACGCUAAUGUCAGUAAAGAUCUACCCGACCCAGCAAAUGACUCACCGGAAGACGAAAUCCUGAACGGCUUAGUAAAAGCUGCCACACUUCAAUCGGAAACGCGAGAUCAUCGGCGGAAGGCGCGACAGUUCAAUAGAAAAUCUUUACGUCGAACUAGGACCUUGAAACUUGUCGAUGGUCAGUUGGAGACAAACUACUGA